AAUUCGAAAUUAACGGCUGGCGGCGUGUUUGAAAUGGCGGCGCGGGCGGCGCGAGCUGCGGAUGCCUAUGCCGAAUGGAAGUUUCCCAUUGUGAAGAGUGUUGGAAUUGAUAAGGAAAACAAUAUUUUAGGUAUGGCUGUUUCUCCAUCCAAGAAAAAUUUCAAAAGUGCUGAAAUGGACAGUGGACCAAAAACACCUCGGAAAGCAAUUCCUCUUCAUCGGAUACCAAACGGUACCCCUUUAAAAGAAUUACAAAAACUUCAGAGGGGUUCAUCAAAGCCUCAAUUCUGUACCAAUACUGUGCCUCCAACUACAUUCGGUUUAAGCUCAUUAAACAUUAAACAACAGCCUCGUGUUAAUUGUCAACUUCAGUCCACAAUGUUAGACAAAGAAGGGACAUUUAAUGUUAUUUCUCCAGAACUCAGUGACAUAGUGGAUUCUGUUUCAACCGCAGCUGUAAAGUUAGACCAAAGUUAUAUUAAGUUUCACUUAAAACCCAUUGGAUCCAAAUUGAUCUCUGAAAGCCCUGCCAAAACAUUUGAAAGAAUGAAAGGAAAACUUCUCUGUAAUCAGAUAACUGAAAAUCGUAAUCAUCAAAUAACUUAUGGAUUGAAUGAAACUGAUCAACAUUCUGAUGCCUCUGUGAAUGGACACAUCUUAAAAAACACCUUUGCAGUUCCCAAUCCAGUGAAUAGAUCCCACAUUCCACACAGGAAGAACCAUGAUUCUGUGAUGCCACGGUCUCCAGCAAAAACCUUCUUACAAAUGAAGCAAAAUGUGGAAUUGAACAAUCAACGUACUCCAUUACCUGCACUAAAACGUUCAGGACAUGAAGUUGGUUUGCUGCAUAGUGACCAUCAUGGAAUAUCUGUUUCAACAAGAGUAUCAAAUAUGCCAAGUACCAAUCAGCCUACAAAAAACAUGGUGAUGUCCAAUGUUGAUUAUGCUGCCAAAAAUGUUGAAAAUUGGGAUGCUCUUUCUCUGAAUUCGGAUAACGACAAUGAUGGUGAUGAUGAAAGGUCACAGUUCACCGCACAAACCACUACAAAUUCAAGUUCAACCAUCAUUCAUGCCAACCACGCAAAAAAUGAAAUCCGGGACAUUCUAAAUUUCAGUGCCACUUCUUUACAAAAGGAUGCUUAUCCAAAUAAAAAUACGGUGCAAACAAAAAAUGAAGAAGCUAAUAAAGACAUUGAAGGAUGUAAGGAACUGUGCACUAUUUUGCUGAGAUCACCAAAGAUCACUAUACCCAGAAAAGAGGCAGAGGUUGAACAUGGAAAACCAAAUCCUAACAACGUUGAUAGUCCCAAAAGGAAAGGGGAAAAGAAGAUUACACUGACAAAUUGGAUCAUCCAGCAAAUAAAAAGCAGCAAGGAAAUUUGUGUUGAAGGAAAAAGGGAUGAAAUAUACUGGCAUAGUAAUGUAAUUGCUGAACGAAUUAACCAGACAGAACUGAAAUCUAUUACUGGUUCAAUUUAUGUUCUGAAAGGUCCAAUGGAUUACGUUACGAUGAAGAACCAAGGAAUCUCUGGCACAUUGUUAAAACGCUUCUGUCAUGGUUUUCCAUUGGAUUGGAAGAAUCGUAUUGAACAACUCCUUGAAAGUAAAAGCGAAAAGCCUAACAAUCCAGACAUAAAAAAGGAUAACGGAGACAGAAUUCAAAAGUUAUCUUCAAUGAAAUUGCUGAAAUCACAAGAUAUACUCUCAAUUGAGAUGGAUGAGACUCCGACUACCAGGCACAAGCUGGCUAAACAAAGGAUGGCAAACGAAGGGCACAAAAAAUAUGCGAAUGAUUGUAACAUUUCCAUGAAAACACAAUACAGUCGUAGUGGUCGUUGCAUUAAGGCUCCAAUGGAGUAUUGGCGGGGGCAGAGAAUGGUGACUGACAACAGCUUGAAUGUUACUGUCAUGAAGGGUGGAACUGAUUAUUUGAAUACAGGAGGGAAUGACCGAAAUGGAAGCCCCUUGACCUCAAAAAUGCCUGCAGAAAGUUCAAAUAGAAGGAACAAUAAACAUCAUGUUUUGAAGAUUAAAAGAGAUGCUAAAGGGACAACAAUUGCAAAUGAAAAAUCCAAAAAGCAACAGGUGAAAUAUAGUCUGAAAAAUCAGCCACAAAAGCUGACACGAGAGGCCACUUUAAAAUCGGACGGAAGUACUUUAAAUAAUGAAAUAAGAAAACAUAGAAAUCAUCGUAAAUUAACCCCAUUGAUUGUUUUAACCCCAAUUCGUGAUCCUUAUACACUAAGGAACAAAAUGGUAAAAUUAGAUGGGGGUUUAUACAAUGUUCAGCAGAACACAAAGAAAGGAAACAAAUUGAUCUCUGUAAAUGUGGAUACAUCAUCUGAAAUAGGGGAUACACGUGAGAGCGACAUGUUUGAAGACAAAUCUAACGAUAGACCCAUGAAAGCAAUACUUCAGAACUUUAGCAAGUUAAGGAAUGGAACAAUAAAAUCAAGCGAAUCAACAUCUAAAAAAGCAAAAACACAACACAAUACCCAAAACAGCAAAAAUGGGAGAAAUGUAUCUCCAGUCAAAAUGACAGAAUCAUCUGAAAUGGAGGAUUUCAAUGAAAAAUAUGUUUCUCAAAGCCAUAAUGAAAAUGGAAAUCACUCUUCAAAAUCACUCCAAAAAAAUGAACCUUUGCUUUCAUCAGCAGAGACUUUUACAUCCAAUGAAGAUAUCAAGAUUAACAUUAGAAGAAAAUUAAAAAGAAUGAAUUCCAAACAGUGUGUCAAUCAGAAAAACCGAGGACUGGCAAUUAAGGGAGGUAUUGGUGUCAAAGAGUCUCAAUCAGAAGAGUCAUUGAUUCAAUCAAAACUUGCUCCUUCAAUGAGAAAUCAAUUUGUAUCUGAGAAGACGGUAUCACUUCCAACCAAGGAGGACAUUGGCAAGAUCAUCAACAAGGCACUUAGCUUAAAUGCUAAUAUUAAAACAAAUCAGGAUUAUCAAAUGGGUGCAGCAGAACUAAAUGAUGACAACUUUGGAACUAGUGUGUCAGAGUAUAACCAACGAUCUUCAAAAAGACAACACCAAAAUCAGUUCAAUAGAGCCCUGUCAUCUACUGGAGAUGUUUUGCAAACUGAAACAAAUGAGGUGGAAGUUUUCACAGAAGGAAAACCAAAACAUUCAGCAAGAUCUUUUCAAAAGGCAAUGCCAAAAAAUAGAUCAACAACAGAUACAGGCUCAGAAACCUGUACUAGGUCUGGGCAGAAAGAUCAAAGACUAUGCAAUUCCUUACCAUCGGUUGAUGAUGCUGAAGCAGUACACUGGACUAAGAAAGAACUCCACUGUCUGCACAAAUCAGUUGCAGCAUUUCCGAAACAUAAAUAUGGUUUCUGGGAAAACGUUGCAGCAUCCGUUGGUACACGUUCUGCUGAGGAGUGCCAACAAAAGUACCUAGCUGAGCAACAGCCUAAAUGGUGCAAAAAAACUGAAGUGAAACAGAAGAAGAAUAAAGGUUCCAGUGAUAAAAACAAGCAAGAGGAACCUAAAAAAAUCAUAGCACGGCCUGGAACACUGAAAAGAAAGCACCAAGUAAGAUCCUUCCUGGAACAUAUGCCAAAGGAUGAACAUGAAGACAUUUUCAAUGACACAGAAUUUGAACAUAAGCGAAUAAAGCUUCCAAGCUUUUCUGGCAGCCGAGAGGAUAGCGAUGAUUUUUUCAAACUUCAAACGAACCCAACUACUCCAUCUUCAAUCAUAUUUCCUGAUACCAAAACACCACAGUGGAACCACAUCAGUCCUCGCAUGUUAGAACCUACUGAUGGUGCAAGCAAUGACCAAUAUGUCUAUCAAUUACAAAAGAAAUCCAAGAUGAAGAAUUGGUCGAAUGUCAAUAGGAAACCGAAACAAACAUUUUUAAUGACUCCAUCCAGACUUAAAUCAUCACAUUUACCUCAUAAAGGCCGACAGAAGUCCAAUAUAACUAAUCUAUUCCAGGACAGAGUAAACCUUCAAUCAGAUGACGAGAAGGAGGAUGAAGAUUAUUAUUUUUCAAACUCUGAAUAGAUUUUAAUUAAUAAAGUUAAAAUACUUACAUUCCGAGUACCUAAUUUGUUGACAGGGACACUGAAAUGUAGUUAUACUUGGACUGGAAUUCGAUUUGUGGUCGCUUUUGUUGAUGGUUUUUAAAUAGUGAAAAUGUAUAUAAAAUGUAUAUAAAGAUUCAUUCAUCAAAUUUUAAGUGUUUUGUAACAUUUGUUAAAAAUGUGGUAUAAUAUUGUUUCCUAGUAUAACAGUUGCUCAUAAACUUGUACUUAGUUUCUGAUUGAUCAAUCUUAAUUGCUUUUAAUUUUAUUUGCCUCUAUAUUCUAUGAAUGUGCUAACCAUCGGGAUCCUCUUGUUUAAUUAGAACUUGGCUGAUUUGCUUUGUGCACCAUGUGAUGAACUGUUACAGAAGUUUGUGCCCUUAACUUGUUAUAUUUACAAAGGAGGAGCUUGCUUUAAUAAUAAUAAUCACAAGGUUAAUAAUAACAAUUAUAUCAUCUAAAGCCAGUGGAUAUAUUAAUCUGCUAAUGUUUCUUGAAUUUGAAGAGCAGAAUUAUCAACUUUGUGCACUCUUUGAUAAAAGUGUGCAGAAAGGAUGGGACUUAAUUGAUGGUGGAGUAUAGCAUCACAUUUCCCCGAGAUGGAAUACAUAUUCUGAUGGCACAUUCUGCUUCAUUGGCAGUGACAUUAAUUGUUUUUAUUAUGUUAAGAGCAUUGAAACUUAUUACAGUAACAAAGCUGCAGCUCAUUUAACAUAAUAAAGAAAUGCUAAUUGUUCCAUGGAGGGAUAUAAAUCUUAGUUUUUUAUUAUUAUUCAGCAUGCAGGGAUAAAUCUAAGUCAGUCAUUUUAAAUUGUUUUCAUUGGUUUUUUUAUUCAUGAUUUGAGACAAUUUAUGCAGGAGCUAACUGAGAGGUAGGUUGCUAAAUGUAACCAUAAAUGUAAAACAUUUUCUUAAAAUUAAGUUAAAACAAUAGAUUACUGAAAUAAUUUACUCUUUGGCUUCUUAAACAAAGCCACACCAACCAGGCUGUCGGAUAGCAUUCAAUCCUAAUCGUAUAACUUCACGGUGUACAGGGUUGAGAAAAACACAAUCCUCCAUUUAUUAAAUGUUACAGUCAUGGAAAGGCUUCAAAGAAAUAUUAAACAAUAAUUUGCAAUUACAAUAAUUGUUCUGGACAUUCCCUUGAGUAGGAUUCAAGCAUGUUGAGCCUUUCUUUGCUAGAUAUUUGCUAGAGCCUUUUCUGUGCCAUUAUUACUUGGGGGAAGUGCAAAUAGAUAAUAUUUGAACAAAGUAUGCUAUAAAAUAAAAGGCUAACUACAUUAGGGUAUUCUGGUUAUGUUCCUGGUUAUAGUUCACAAAACAAUAGUUUAAAUUGGUCUUUAGACCUGUUAUUUUCAUUACUAUUCCAAGAAAGCACAAAAUUUAGCCAACAUAUUUAUAAAUGAGCUAAGUUUGCAGAGAAACAGUAAAUAAAGUUUAACUAUUGUAUAUAGAUUUGUUUUAGUGUAACGCACCCUGAUUUUUUUUUUUAGCCAAAUUAAGCUUCCUACUUCCAUAAUCCUUGUAGAAUACCUGAAGUAGGCAAAUCACGAACAUUGACAGUAAAAGCUUGUUGGGAACCUGGCUUGUUGAUACUGUUGGAAGGAAAUUAAAUGAAUUUGUUUAUUGAGAUUGAUGAUUAUUAACAGGGAAGUACUACUUAAUUUUUCCCCUCAAAGUAGAUAGUAAAAUGUUAUAAAUGUAUGAAUCGACAGAAUGAAAUAGGUUAUGACAAAUAGACUCCUUCCUGGGUUCUGCAUGGUUCAGGAUCUGAUAUAAAAAUUAUUGUUUUAUUGUUUCCAAGUUGUACAGACAUGGAAUAGGAAUAUUUGCUUGGAAACACCAGAUAAGGUACCUAGGUGUAAAUUGUAUUUGGCUUAAUUCUAAAAAAAUAACAAUUUUCAAACAGAUUGAUGUAUAGAGCAAAAAUGCAUCAUUUCCCUGCUAUUAAAAUGCAAAAUAAGCAUUUCCUUCAUUCAGUGACUGCAGAAGAAGAUACCCUGACCUAAAGGUUGUUCCAUAACAAAAAUGUUAAUUUGACUGGUGUUUUACUUUGGACAAAGAAAUACAUUUGCGUACUAGAUUUCUCAUCCUAGAAAUCUUGGUAUAUCUUUGAAAGAGACUCGUGAAUUUAAGAAAAGGAACUCUCACAUUUCAAGAGUGCACGGAUACAUUGAACUUGCUUUAAAAAAUACAUAGUGAUCCUACUAGAUUUCCAGUUCUCCCAUAGGUACUAUGCUUGAUAGUAGUUCCUCUGUAUCUUUACAUAUGCCUGCAAAUAAAUGCAGAAUAAGAAUACUGUCUGUUUAAUUAAUUUUAAUUGUGCGAUAUUUAUUGUUUAAUAUGAUCGCAUUGCACAAUCUACCUGUACUCCAGAACUUUUUUGUGUGUAAUUGCUAAAUCUGUCCAAUGAAUAAAUAUGCUUGGAUAUAGUUCA